CUGCCCAGGCUGCCUGCCCAGGCUGCCCCCCGGUCCCGGUGGAGGAGGGCAAGCCCCGCAAGCAGCGAGGCGCCCCCAGUCUUGUCAGUGCAGUGCAGCAGGCCAGUACGCGACACCGGCUCGUCAAAGUCCGUCAGCGACCAGCGUUGUCGAGACGCUCGGACGUGCCCAUGCCGCCGCACCGCGCGGCCGCCUGCAACCCCUGCAACCUGUGCCUGUAAGGCCCCCCCAUCAUGGCUCAAGCCGAAGGCGUCCGUGGUCGGCUUUCCUGGACCGACAUGCAGAGGGAGCUUCAUCGAGACGGCUCGGGAGGCGGCGCGGGGCGCGGGGAGCCCGAGGAUGACGGGUGCGGCGUGCGGGACUGGUGCCGCGCCGCGCUGUCCCUGGCCGUCACCGCCACGGCCUUCGGGGCGGCCUUGAUGAUGCUGCCCCCGCUGCUGCUCAUGUACUGCGUGGUGUCCCGCGUGCGCACCACGUGGCUGGGCGUGCUGGAGCGCCGCUACCCGCAGCUGGAGUUCGUCCGCAACACGACGGUGCGCACGGCCGUGGACACGAUCCGCAACCAGGGCGUGAUCGCGCUGCUGCUGACGGUGCAGGGCGCGUGCGACGCCCGCCGCGUGCGCGACAGCCUGCACCACGACAUCCUGGACCAGCGGCACCCCGACGGCCGCCUGCGCUUCCCGCACCUGCGCACCCCGCUGACGCAGCGCUGGGGCCGGUACGCCUGGAAGCGCGACGACGCCGUGCACUUCCAGCUGGACAAGCAGCUGCUCAUGUGCAGCGCCGCCUUCCGGGGCCGGCCCGUCACCGACAACAACAUCCAGGAGGUUGUCAGCGACCUGGUGUCCAAGUACCUGCCCGCGGAGCUGCCGCCCUGGCAGAUCGCCCUCAUCCCCAUGCCGUCGGCCGACCGCUACUUCGUGCUGAUCCGCAUGCACCACCUGCUGCUGUCCGAGGACGGCCUCAAGCUGACCGACCUGCUGCAGCUGACUCGCCAGCACUCGGACUACGCCCACGUCACGGAGAUGGCGCCUGUGGGCCACCUCCUGGAGGGCAUGCUGGAGACCCCGGUGGCCAUCCCCGCGCUGUACGAGCGCCUGUGCGAGUCCGUGGCGAACCACUGGAACGAGCUGAUCGCCGUGUACGACCCGCUGGAGAACCCCAAGAUGCUGACCAAGCCCACGCUGCUGGGGCUGUCCAUGGCGCUGCUCAUCUCCCUCGUGUCCGCCGUGCCCGAGGUGCUGUCCGCGUGGCGGUGGACGUCGGCCGGGACGCAGGCCGGGACGCAAGCCGGCCGCGGCUGGAGUCGCGACAACGCCAGCGCCAGGGCCUCGUGGUGGGAGGCCGCGGUGGGCGCGGUGCGCGCGCAGGCGGCGCGGCGUGGCGUCACCUCGGCGUCGUGGAGCGCGGCCUGGCGCAGCGCGCUGUGGCGCCUCGUCAUGUUGGCCGUGUCGCCGCCCGCCCUCGUCUUGGCCGCCGGCAUCUCGGGCUACCGCAUGUGGCGCGGCGCGGGCAGCAUGGCGCUGCGGAUCGUCCUGGUGCUGGCGCUCGAGGCCGCCCUGCUCACCAAGUACCGCGGCAGGUACACCGAAUCCCUCAUGGCGCGGUCGCCGUACCUGCGCCUGGGUUGGCAGUCGCUGCUUGAGGCGGCGCGCCUAGCGAGCCUCGUCUUCCACGCGCCGCGCCUCCUCGUGGAGGACGUGCUGCUGUCCAACCGCGACCAGGCGCCGCACCACUUCCAGACCGUGUCGCUGUGCGGCCGGAAGGUGGUGGCGUGGUCGGACCCGUUCCCGCAGGACCUGAUCCAGCAGGUGGCCGAGGCGACGGGGGCCUCGUCCAGCGAGGUGUGCCUGUCGGCGCUGUGCGGCGCGCUGCGGGAGUACUUCCGCUCGCACGGGCUGGCCGUGCCGGAGAACGUGCUGACGACGGCGCGCUACUGCCUGCUGGAGGAGCUGGUGGGCGGCACGGCGUACGGCGGCUCCGGCGGGCUGGCGUGCCUCGCGCUGCCCGUGGCCGACGCCGGCAAGGACCCCGUGCAGCUGGUGCAGGAGGUGCGCUCGCGGAUGCUGCAGGUGCGGCGCCGCCAGAGCGCGCUGUGGGUGCUGUCGUCGUGGCAGCUGGAGCGCGGGCUGCUGACGAGGCUGCUGCCGCAGCUCCUGGUGCGGCUGCACCUCAACUUCCUGUCGCGGCGCUACGCCGUGGCCCUGACCGAGGUGGCGUCCGUGCGGCCCGAGCACCCCGCCGGCAAGCUGUGGGGGCAGCCCCUGCACUCGCUCAUGUACUGGCGGCCGCCCCAGGCCAACGUCAGCCUGUCGCUGACGCUGCUCACGGUGGACUCGAUGGUGAGCCUGGGCGUCAUGUCCGACGCGCUGCUGUCGCCGCAGCAGGGGGUCAUCGCGCGCGCCUGGACGCAGCACCUCCGCGACCUGGCCCGCGCCGUGGGGGUGGCGCUGCCCUCGCCGCGCGCCCUGUCGCCCUCGCCGGCCCCCGCCUUCUCCGUGCUGCACCUGCCCGCCGGCGACGUGGACGACGCGGACCUGGACGACGAGUGAGGCCCGCUGUCGCCCCCUCCGCUAUUUAUUGUUUGUCUUUGGUUUGACGCGCCCCCAGUCAGGGGUUCGGUUCGGACGCGGGCGGAGCGCGCGCUCGUGCCCGUGCCCGAGUUUUUUUGCACGCCAUUCGUCAAAGCGUGCCUUGACAUUGACAUCCGGUCACUGGGUCACUGCAGACCGGUCGUUGUUCUGUCGGAAAAAUAGUCAAAGUUACCAAUGUGCCUGAAUGUUAACGAUGUAAUGUAUCUGUAUAUGUGUGUGGCGGUGUGCGGCAGCCACUGUGGGCGGCCUGCACAGGGAGAGGCAAUGUUAUAGUCGUUGUGUGGAGACUGAUUACAUGGUAUAAUUUCAUUUUCAUCCCAUAGUGUUAUGUUUUUCUAAUAAUUUUUUUACAAUGAUAAAUAUGACAAUGGCUGUUCUUAGCUUGUUCUGUAGGUCUAAGUGUAAGUCAUGCUCUGCGAGGUUGUGUUUUAAUGUGUUUUAUUGUGCUGUUUUUACGUGGACGUUGUAUGCGGGUGGAGUCAUUAAUUAAAUGCCAUUAUCGUAACGCA